AUGCUAUCUAACGGCUCCCUAAAGCUGUCAAUGGAGGACGAGCAGAAGGUCACCCCUCACUGGCAGCGUCGGAACUUGGUGAGGCCUCCCAGUCCCAGCCCUCCCAGCAUCCAGCCCUCCCGUGACCCGCUCCUUAACUCUCAGCCCUCCCAGCAACCUCUCUUUAGCUCUCAGCCCUCACAGCUCCAGCAAUUGCAGCAUUCAAUCCAUUUUUCUCAGCACUCCUUGCAUCUAAUCUCAAGUCCCCAGCAUCCUCCCAGCAUCCAGGCCUUAGCUCUCAGCCCUCCCAGCAUCCAGGCCUUAGCUCUCAGCCCUCCCAGCAUCCAGGCCUUAGCUCUCAGCCCUCCCAGCAUCCAGCCUUUAGCUCCCAGCCCUCCCAGCAUACAGCCUUUAGCUCUCAGCCCUCCCAGCAUCCAGCCCUUAGCUCUCAGCCCUCCCAGCAUCCAGCCCUUAGCUCCCAGCCCUCCCAGCAUCCAGCCCUUAGCUCUCACCCCUCUCAGCAUCCAGCCCUUAGCUCUCAGCCCUCCCAGCAUCCAGCCCUUAGCUCUCACCCCUCCCAGCAUCCAGGCCUUAGCUCUCAGCCCUCCCAGCAUCCAGCCUUUAGCUCUCAGCCCUCCCAGCAUCCAGCCCUUAGCUCUCAGCCCUCCCAGCAUCCAGCCCUUAGCUCCCAGCCCUCCCAGCAUCCAGCCCUUAGCUCUCACCCCUCUCAGCAUCCAGCCCUUAGCUCUCAGCCCUCCCAGCAUCCAGCCCUUAGCUCUCAGCCCUCCCAGCAUCCAGCCCUUAGCUCUCACCCCUCUCAGCAUCCAGCCCUUAGCUCUCAGCCCUCCCAGCAUCCAGCCCUUCGCUCCCAGCCCUCCCAGCAUCCAGCCCUUAGCUCUCAGCCCUCCCAGCAUCCAGCCCUUAGCUCUCAGCCCUCCCAGCAUCCAGCCCUUAGCUCUCAGCCCUCCCAGCAUCCAGCCCUUAGCUCCCAGCCCUCAUAACAUCCGCUCGUCAACUGGCAGCCCUCAAUACAUUCCUUACCCCUCACAGAUUCGUUGCAAUCAGCCCUUAAUAUCAUCCAUCCAUCAACGUCCCACUCUCAAUGGCCAACCUUCAACCGGUUGGCCCUAUUGUUAUAAUGCUUAUUCUUUCUAUCUCAAUCUUCCGUCUCCUAGAGUGUGUCGUUGGCUUGUGGGAAAUAACACAAGAGUAGAGGAACUGGAGAAGAGACGAGGAGGCACAGAAGCGAAAAUGGAAAGAGAAGAAGCAGCGGAUAACGAGGAGGAGAAAGAGGAGAGAAUGGUACGGAAGAAUGGAAGAAGUGGGAACAAGAAAGAGACGGAAGAGGAAGAAGUCAAAGAAGAGGAGGGACGAGUCGGAGAACUAACAAUGUUCGAGAUA